CGUCACGCCAUCUUGAGAAAGAAGACAAAAUGGAGGGCAAAGCAAAGUUCAUCUCGCCACAUAUCCAAGAUAAUCCCGAUGGAUGGGGCCCUUGUUGCGUCCCUACAGCCUUCAAAGACAUCCCUUACCAGCCUUUCUCUAAAGGAGAUCGAAUAGGAAAGGUAUCUGACUGGACUGGCAACAUUUACCAGGACAGAAGAUAUGCAAAUAAAUACCAGUCUCAAUUUGGUGCUGGAAAUCAGACAUUCUCUUAUUACCAUGAGGAAGACGAGACAUCAUUCCAGCUUGUUGACACAUCAAGACCUCAGCGACCUGCAUACCUGAAAAACAGGAGUCGUAUGAACCAGCGAGGCAGAAGAGACCAACGUGGUGGACGUGGUGGUAACCAAAACUAUGGUGGCAAUCAAGGUGGUAUGCAGAGUUUGUCAAGGGGUCGGGAUAACCGCAACAAGUUCCAGCGCAAGAUGCAGAGGAAUUAUGGUGGUGGUCGUUGGGGAGACCGGAAGCAAGGAGGUCUUCAUAAGAGAGUUUCUUCAGUUACUGUGCGAGAGGAAUGGAAAGUGCUUGAUGAAGGAGAACUGGAUUUUCCAAGAUUAUCCAAACUAAGUCUUCCAAGUGUAGGAGAGCCUGAGGACUUGUAUGUAUGUGGUAACUUACAGUACUAUGAUAAAUCUAUGGAUCGUGUGACAACCAAGAAUGAACUACCUCUUAUUGGAGUGGACAGGAUUUUCCACAAAGUCACCACAACUGAUGAUCCUAUUAUCAGCAAGUUGCUGUCUCAAGGAAAUGUCUUUGCCACUGACUCAAUCAUGGCUACCCUGAUGACCUGCACACGUUCCAACUACUCCUGGGAUAUCGUAGUCCAGCGUGUUGGAUCAAAGUUGUUUUUUGACAAAAGAGAUGAUUCUGAAUUUGACCUUCUGUCUGUCUGUGAGACCGCUAAUGACCUCCAAAUUGACGAAAACAGUGGAAUCAACACUCCAACAAACCUGUCCCUGGAAGCAACUUUUAUCAACCAAAACUUUUCUCAACAAGUUCUCAAGAAAGGACAGCAGUUAAACUAUGACCAUCCCAACCCAUUUGCCAUUGAUGAGGACGCCAAAAGAGUUGCCUCUGUAGCUUACAGGUAUCGUAAGUGGGAUCUUGGAGAUGGCAACACAGUUAUUGUAAGAUGUGAACAUGAUGCAGUGAUGCAUGGACCUAAGGGAGAAGAAGCAUUGAUAAACAUCAAGACUUUGAAUGAAUUUGACUCAAAGGUUACAGGCGUGGACUGGCGUCAAAAACUUGACUCUCAGCGUGGUGCUGUUUUGGCAACAGAACUGAAGAAUAACAGCUGUAAACUAGCAAAGUGGACUGUCUCUUCUAUCCUUGCUGGUUCAGAUUACCUUAAGAUUGGUUAUGUCUCUCGAGUGAAUUUCCUUGACUCCUCCAAGCACGUUGUACUUGGAACCCAACAGUUUCGUCCCAAAGAGUUUUCCACUCAGAUUGCUCUGAACAUGGACAAUGCCUGGGGAAUAUUUCGCUGUAUCGUAGACAUCUGCCUAAAGCUACCUGAGGGCAAAUACCUUAUUCUUAAAGAUCCUAACAAGGGCGUGGUUCGUAUCUAUGACAUUCCAAAUUCCACAUUUGAAUCAAGUGAUGAAGAAGGAGAUGAUGAGGAUGAGGAUGAUGAUGAAAAAGAUAUGGUGGAGGAUUAAAGUGCUUUUCGUAUCCAUGGACAUUCAUGUGAAUACCAUAACCACAACAGAUAUUCAACAUCACAAGUCAUUCUGCCUGACAAAUAUGGGUCACAAAUAUUUUAAAAAGUCUGUAUUUUUCCCUUCCCAAUAUAACUGUCUGUCCCCCACUGUUAUUCACUUUAUUUUUUACGCUUACCGUUUUCUGCUUAUUUCUAUAUUUUUAACGGGUAUAUAAGAGUGACAUAAUGUUGUAUCCAAUACCUCUUCCCCUCGCAUUACACAAUUCCUUCUCCAAUUCCAAGCUAUUGAAUAUUUAUUGUGCAAGGGGUUUUCAAGAUGUCCAUUAGUAAUAUCGAAUGAAUAAAAUCUUUCAGUCACUGAUAAAA